AUGCCUUACCGACAAUAUUCAACCUCGACCGCAAGCCAGUCGAAAUAUUCCAAUCCUGUCAGAACCGAUGACUCGGACAAUGGUGGUACGAAAUGCAUGCAAAGCAAAAAUGCAGCGGAUCGAUCCUGGCUGACCACGUUCAAUCCUGCAGCAGAAAAUCUCCCAUCGAGGAAGCCCCCUUCUGCCUUCCCAACUUCGUCCGGCUCGAUAGCUACACGACGAGAAGGUGGUGACAAUGCCAGCACCGCAUCAACAUUUAGUUCUCGGCGGAGACAGUCGUCAAUACCGAGCGCCAAAGCUCCUAUGGGCCCGCGUCCACUGGAACAUGGGACGGGGAAAAGGUCCAUAAGCAACUCCAUGACGCCGCAUGUCAAUUCCUCGCGAGGCCCAUCCGCCGCCGCUUCCCAAGACCUUUAUACCCGCGAAUUAUCCAUCAACGACAUUUCUCGCUUCAGCUUUGCAUCCAUACAGGCGAAGCCGUCGGCGCAGGAGGAGGGGGAUGGACCUCUAGGCUUUGGCAACUUCCUCGAGCCGACUUUCAACUUUGAUGACUUCCAGGAUACCAUAGUGGGCGCCGAACCCAGCCUGAAUAAUUUUCCCCUUCCCCGACGAGGCAUUUCGAUCAAAAAGCCUGCUUCGUCCGAGACGCUCUCAGAAGGCAAGAAGCCUGUGCCACAACCCGCCAUUCCCGUGCCUUCACGCAAAGGCUCGGGGAUAACUCCGAUCGGAAGGAAGAAUUCGACGGCGUCUACAGCGUCGAGAAAUUCCGGAGGGUCAACGUUGGUGACAAGUAGCACACAAUCAAUCCUGCGAGGGAGAAGACAAAGCCAUUUCCCGCCCAAUUCGUUCAAUAACGCAGGUACCACCACGAAAGCGCCUAGGAAAUCUGUUGGUCCAGGCACGUUUAUCCCCCCGGGGUCAACGGAUAAGCCGGGCAUGAAACGACAGCCCAGUGUGGGCGGACGAAAGUCCAGCGCAGAAAGUAUCAAAAGCCUACCUGUUAGAGGUAUAAAUCGCGCAGAAGAAAGCGGUUCCGAAGACACGAGAACAACUGGCACAAUCAAAGGACGAGCUUCUUUAGUUCCAAAAAGACAAGCAUCGAAGGACCUCCUCACGCCGUCAAGAACCCCCGAUUUUUCGAGGUCGACCCCCAGCGCCCAUCAUACUCCGACUAGAAGAAGUGGAACUCCGGGAAGAACAACAACCCCCGGAGGAGGAAAUGGUGAUCGAAACCGUCGAAUAUCAGUAAUGCCUCAUCAUGCAACGGGCUUGGGCGCCAGGACGGUGAGCCCAACAGAUGCUCGACGAAGGCAGAGGAUGUCUAUCGUUCCUCCAGCACCACCUCUUCCCCAGAGCCGUAUCUCGCAGGCGCCGCCCACACCACAGCCGGAUCCAAUGCCCCAACUACCAUCUUCAGAUCUGCAAUCUCCCGGGAUCCCAAGUCGAAAGAGUCUGACACCGUCAUCUUCGAGAACGACGCCUGAUCCCAACCGCAAAUCGUACAGUUCUGGGCAGUCGUUAUCCUCAAACACAAGCUACAACUCCGUGAAGAAUACUGUCAACAAUAUUGCCAGAUUAUCCCAAGUGAUGAACUCUUCUAGACUACCGACACCAAAACCUCGCCUCGACACCUCCACCAGCAGUACUUUUGAGCUGGAAGUACCGCCGGUCCCUGCAAUACCGAAAGCCUAUGAAUCUCCCGGAAGUGAACAAGAUCAGCCAUUCUUCUCAGCCCGAUCCUCGAGCCUGCCACCGUUCGAUGCCCCGAUCCCUACGAGCCCGGUCAUCUCAAGUGUUGACGAUGCCAUGAAAGCGCUGGAAACGCCCCGAAAUCCGAGCCCAGUCCCGAGUAUGCCAAUCCAACCUCUGCAACCCGAAACAGAGCCGAAGCCAAAGCCUCAAAAUAAGGGAGGGAAGAAGAACGCUCAGAAUCUCCGAUUACCACCUCUCAAUCUGCUCCCUUUGAGUACACCAACUUCUGCGAAGAUAAAGUCGCUCAACGGAAAAUCUGAUCUUGGUGACAAGCCCGGAACGCCUUCCGGAAAUCGUGCCAUAAUGAAAACCCCAAGCACUCCAAUGACUGCCUCCAAGGCUAGCUUCUUUUCCAGGGGGCACAAAUCUACUGACGAGAGCUUAACCCUACGAAGUAGUACUUCACAUCACGCACUUCGAUCAGACGAGUUGGGGCCCCCUAGUGAUAUCAGCCCCAGUUUACCCGCGUUCACAUUCGAAGAUAAGUCUAGCACUCGGAACAUUUCGCCUUUCAUUUCCUCGUCGGUGCCGAAGCCUGAUGAAUUCUCAAACUUCAUGCGACCCAACUUCAUCACUGAGCAGCUGCAUAGAAAUCCAAGCCAAGCCAAGCCAAACGGACCUCGAGCCCCGAGCUUCUCUGUUACCCCCAAAGCCGAAGUGACACCCAGUCCUAACGAGAAGCAGUCUGAGAGUGACUCUGUAUUCUCCACUUCAGCAUUAAGGAGAAAGUUGAGCCGGAAGAGAAGUGAAGGGAAGGUGGCAGAGCGCACUGCACAAGAAGAGGAGAUGGCCAAGUAUGACAACAUGCCUCCUCCCAAGCUUCCAGCCUCCGCCAGUUGGACGAAUGCAAGCGCCAACAGCUCCAGUCCUCAGAAACCUUCCUACAUCAGAUCAAGGCGUCAGACUUCUACUUCAAGCAUCAAGCUCAUCCCGGAACGCCAGGACAGCGUCGAUAGUUCACUAUCAACGACCCGGCCUUCGAUGGAGACUGGCAGAACGCUCAUGAUUCAUUCCAAUCGAUCCGGCUCCUUAACCGCAAGUGCUCCUAAUCUGCUAGGCCCGAAGAUUAUGCCACCAAAACAAGAAUCAGCACUUGAUCGAGAUGACAUGGCUGCUGAGGAUGAAAUGAAGAAGCUUGCUCACAAGAGAAAGGACUUCGAAUCUGCUGCACGCCAGCUUGACGCUCUACGUGCCAGGGCUAAACCUGUUCGCCGCAUGUCCCAUGAAACUGCCUCGCGUAUCUUCAACCUCAACAUCUUUGAGCGCGGAGAAAUCGUCGACUAUGCUGAUGUAUAUUUUACCGGCACAUUGAGCGCACGAAAAAUCGUGGGCGAUUUGAAAUCUGCAGCCUCUAAUUUCGGCUACGACGAUGAGCGAGGUGACUACAACAUCGUUGAAGGCGAUCAUCUCGCCUACCGAUAUGAGGUUGUUGACGUCCUCGGAAAAGGCAGUUUUGGUCAGGUCGUCCGUUGCGUGGACCACAAGACCGGUAUCCUUGUUGCUGUCAAGAUUAUACGAAACAAGAAAAGAUUUCAUCAGCAAGCGCUCGUGGAGGUCAACAUUCUCCAGAAACUGAAAGAAUGGGACCCUCAUAAAAAGUACAGCGUGGUCAAUUUUGACCAAAGCUUUUACUUCCGGGGCCACCUUUGCAUAUCCACCGAUCUCCUCGGUAUGAACCUUUACGAAUUCAUCAAAGCGCACGAUUUCCGGGGGUUCUCCCUGAAACUUAUUCGACGAUUCACGAAACAACUUCUGCAGACUCUGAUUCUUCUGCAACAACAUAAAGUCAUCCACUGCGAUCUUAAGCCGGAGAACAUCUUAUUGGCGCAUCCCGUCCACUCUGAAAUCAAGGUCAUUGAUUUUGGCUCCAGUUGUUUCGAGAAUGAGAAAGUGUACACCUAUAUCCAGUCCCGAUUUUACCGAUCUCCCGAAGUCAUUCUCGGAAUGUCCUAUGGCAUGCCAAUAGACAUGUGGAGUGUUGGAUGUAUUCUGGCGGAGCUCUAUACCGGCUACCCCAUUUUCCCUGGCGAAAACGAACAGGAACAGCUUGCUUGUAUAAUGGAAGUCUUUGGACCGCCCGAAAAGCACCUGAUCGAGAAGAGCAGCCGCAAGAAACUUUUCUUUGAUUCCAUGGGUAAGCCACGAUUGACGGUAUCCUCGAAGGGGCGGAGAAGGAGACCCAGCUCGAAAGACCUAAGACAAGUCCUCAAAUGUGACGAUGAGGCGUUCCUUGAUUUCAUUGCGAAAUGUCUGAGAUGGGACCCCACGCGCAGAAUGAACCCAGUGGAAGCCAACAAGCACGAGUUCAUCACUGGCGUCAAGAUGCCCAGUAGCAGCAGGAGAAAUCUUUCGGCUGUGAAUACCCCCAUCAAAAGAGUAAAUUCUGUCAAUACAGCCAGCGGAGCCCGGCCACUGCCACAGCCACCAUCUAGCACCUUGAAAGCCCCGGGGGGGACUCGACAAGAAACAUCUCCCAAUAAGCCUGGACCAAGGCGCCAAUCGACCAUGCCUCCAGCCUCCCAGGGGCCAUCUCAGGCGAAAAGAGCUUCCCACGCCGCCAUGACUUCUUCGACCUCGAAUCCCAGUUUCACGCGACUGACAGUCGGGCAAAGGACCAUGAGUGGAAGAUCUGACCUCGCCACUGCCGCGGCAGCCGCGAGCUUGGUCAAGUAG